UGUAAAUACGUACUGGGCGAGCUGCAUAACCAGUUGAAGGCAAGACACGAACGGUUGCGAAACGUUGGCUUUCCCACAAUCUGUGUAAACUAUACUUUAUACAAACUGUGAUUCUUGGAGUUACUUUAAUAGUGCUACAAAUAAUAAUAAAAAAGGAUAUAAUGGCAGAGAAGAAUUUCCCAUAUGAAAUCAAAAAUGUCACAGAAGAAGAAGAUGAAUUAGCGAAAAAAUUUUACAAAGGAUACAUCCGACCAUUCAUUCGUGUGGGCCCGCAUGGAUACUUCUGGAUGGCGGGGUAUGGCGACCAUGCAGCCGAGAUAUACAACCUUGACGUACGACCUGAUGACAUUUGGGUGGUAGCAUUCUCUAGAUCAGGCACCACGUGGCUACAAGAGAUGUUAUGGCUUUUGGAAAACAAUCUGGAUUACGACGGCGCUGCGAAAGUGCCCCUCACAAAACGUUACGCUUUCAUUGAGUACCCCACGAUGGCAUCAGAAGUGAGGCCAGAAGGGCCGCCCCCCGCUGGCAAGAGUACCGGGGCGACCGUCGACGACUACAGGAACUUGCACACGCUGCCGGCGCCGAGAUUUGUGAAGACUCAUCUGCCUCUGUCGUUACUGCCUGCGAAACUACUUGACACGGCAAAGGUAUUCUACAUAGCUCGGGAUCCUCGCGACGUGGCGGUCUCGUUCCACUUCAUGCACAAACUGUUCCGGUAUUUCGACGAGGAUGUGCAGUUCACUGACUUUUGGGAGCUAUUCAAGAAAGACUUGUUGCUGCAUAUGCCUAUAUUCCCGCACAUCGAAGAAGCUUGGAACAAACGCAACCAUCCCAACAUGACGUUCCUGUUCUACGAAGAAAUGCAAAAGGAUCUGUGUGGUGUAAUAGACAAAGUGGCCAAAGCUUUGGGCAAAGAUUAUACAAGCGAACAGAAGAGCAAGUUAGCUGAACAUCUUAAUUUUGAUAAUAUGAAAAAAUCAACCGCCUUAAAGUAUGGAAAAGAAGAUAAAGACUCAGAAAUCAAAUUUAUGAGGAAAGGUGUCUCCGGCAACUGGGUGAAGUACUUCAACACGGACGAGCUGAAGAGAGAAGCCGAGGAGUAUAUGGAGUCACAUCUCAACAAGACGGACUUGAAAUUUCCCGACCUGUCUUCGUAAACUUAUCAAAUAUAAGGCAUGAAUAACUUACAUAAUUUGUAAAAAUAUACAUACCUUUCUAAUAAUCAUCA